UGCUGUUUUGUCAUUUCAACGUUUCACAUCGAGACUGUAGUUCCUCCCUGAUGAAGGUGGUGGGUUGGGAUCGCAUUCAACAUCAAUCACAUCCAGCGUACGGAGCGCACGCAGUCUUCAGUCUAUCAGUUGGGGAGUGUAUGCUCUCGCCUCGGGUGUCGGAUAUGCGCGUCUCUGCCGGUUUGUUCUGUAAGAACAAUCUGAUGCCCCUUUCCGCUGCAAAAGCGUUGGCGAGUGGCUCCACCGGACCUGCCUUUUAUUUGCCAGUGGAACAAAGCCUGAAGUUGGGACUUGAGGAGUUUUCAGCACCACUUUUUCGCGGAGAGUGCUCGCAAUGAGUAACCGGGAUCGACGCAGCCUCCAGACGCGUUUGGAUUUCCGCGGGAUACUAUCCAGUAACAAUGUUUUCCCCCUGAAAACACAACCGUAGUUGUUCAGGAAACCUUCUCCUCUCCUGUUAUACCAACAACAACAAAAAAAAGAACGAUUUUUUCCCCCCUUUGGAUAUGGGUCACUCUAUCUAGAUUUCUCGUGGGCAGGGGAACUGGGAACUCGCUCUGAAUCCUGUGGACCUGAAGCGGCCCGAGGGCUCUGACAUACACCAAAUCCCGGCCCAAGGGAACGGUGGAGAUUAAAAACUUCUGAUUGAGGUGGAGAGGAAAGAGACACAAAGACGGGGAGGGAGAGAAAGAGGGGGAGAGAAAAAAAAAAGCUUAUCUUUCACCUUUGUUCUUCUUAAUGCCCCGAGUGAAGGAUCUCCAAAGAAUAACAGAAGACACACACACAAAAAAAAAAAAAAAACCAGCUGCCCACAACAGCGGUCAGAGGAUGAAGUGAGUAAAAGAAAAGAAAGGAACAGGAUUACAUCCUGAGAAGGAGCCAAGCUCAUAUUCUGCUCUAAUUGAAUGCCUGGGAGAGGCAAUAGACAUGAGAGGAAUCCUUUUCUGUAAAAACUACUUCAAGAGGCAUUGCAAUUAACCCUCUGGCCGUCAUAAAAUAAUACCUGGCUAUUGUUGUUUCCUGAUUGCUGGUGUGGAUUCCUGCUCGCACGUUGAUCAUGUUUCAGCCCCCAGCGUGUGGACCGAAUCGGAACGGCUGUCGGAGAAACAUCCACGUCCUGCCGCCGCUGCUGCUGCUGCUUCUUUAUAGCUCCCUGAAGGCCUCUCUGGCCGCCAGACCCAAAGGGCCGGGACAAACGCAUCUGAACUCCAUCCGCAUCGACGGAGAUAUCUCCCUAGGUGGGCUGUUCCCCGUCCACGCCAGGGGCCACGAUGGCAAGCCCUGCGGGGAGCUGAAGAAGGAGAAGGGCAUUCACCGACUGGAAGCCAUGCUCUUUGCCCUUGACCGCAUCAACAACGACAACAAUCUCCUGCCUAACAUCACGCUGGGAGCGAGAAUCCUGGACACCUGCUCCAGGGACACACACGCCUUGGAGCAGUCGCUCACCUUCGUCCAGGCGCUGAUCGAGAAGGACGGGACGGAUGUCAAAUGCCUCGGCGGGGGGGCGCCGAUCAUCACCAAACCAGAGAGGGUGGUGGGCGUCAUCGGAGCCUCGUCCAGCUCCGUUUCCAUCAUGGUGGCCAACAUUCUGCGCCUGUUUAAGAUACCCCAGGUGAGCUAUGCCUCCACGGCUCCAGAGCUGAGCGACAACACCCGCUACGACUUCUUCUCCCGUGUGGUGCCUCCAGACACGUAUCAGGCCCAGGCCAUGGUGGACAUUGUUAAGGCCAUGCGCUGGAACUAUGUCUCCACUGUGGCCUCAGAGGGAAACUACGGAGAAAGCGGCGUUGAAGCUUUCAUUCAGAAGUCUCGGGAGGAUGGUGAGUACAUUUGCCCUGAUACGGCAAUUCUUCCUCUCUUAUGAAACUGAGCGCAAAGAGAAGCAGUGGCAUAAUUCAAAUGAACACAUCUUGAACUGUGGUUAAAAAUUAAAGAAUUGUAGGUAAUAUUUUUGAACAACAGCUCGUUAAAUAGAGACAUUUAGAAAUAGAUUUUCUUUAUCAAACAUUUCCUUAGCAAUUGACUGGUUAAGGGUGGAAUAAUCCUCAAAAUCAAUUUCUUCUAAAUUUUUUUAACACUCCAGAAAAUCCACUUUUCAGCAUUAAGUGUGGGUAGGGAGCCAGGGUUAAUUCCAGAGAGAUUUUGCACAAAAUAAUAAAAUAAUAAAAACAAAAUACAACUAUUUAAGAUCCUUAGACUUUCUGGAGAUAACCACGUUUUGCAAUGGAUCCAUAAAAGGGAAGCAGCUUGCUGAACCUACUGUUAUGAGCAAACUGAAAGCCAGAAAUAUAUCAUAAACAGAACAAAAUGACCG